GCACGUGCGGUGUCUUCAGUCCGUAUCGGAUCCGUGUUCUAAUCUAGUUUUUUGCUCGCUCAGAGGCGUUCAAUUCCCGUGUGAGUGUGUCCAGGCCAAUCGUGUCCCGCCUGACGGUUGACAGAUUCCAGAUGCUGACUAGUGCCAGAUGAGAUGCGAUAGAUGUUGUUCGGUGGUGGAAUUUAUGGAUCAUUGAAUGGAUAACUGUGUCGACGUGGUGGCCGGAAAUGGGAAGAAUUUCGCAGAGUUGGUUCGAUGUGAAGUGAUGGAAGUCGUAAUUAGCGUUCGCUAAUUGAAGUGAUUCAUUAGAACAACGCUUGCAGUGAGGUGCGGUGGAAGGAAGAAGAAGUGAAUUUGACAUAUUAUCAGCAUCAUUGUUGUACGACGUUUGGAGUGGGUGGAAGUGUAGAAACGUGCAAAAGGAUUUCAAAGCAAGGUGAAGUUCGCUUGCUUGGCCUGGGCUGGGGUGUGAGAGCAUAAUAUUGCCACAAGAGUACAAGUGAGAAGCUUCACUACGACAGCGAGUCGUUCGAGAGACUCUUGUUUUGGCAUUCGACUUCAGGGCGAAGCCCAUAUUCAUUGGCACAUAAAUUGUGCUAGGAGGGGGAAAAGUUUUGCGAUAAUUUUUGCUAGAAGGACAGGAGUCAGGCCGAAUUUCCAGGGAGUAGAAGCGUAAAUCCGUAGUAAAACGUACUGCAAUUGAGAAUUUUCGUGAACGCAAUCAAAAGUGAUAAUCAAAAGCCGCUCGUACUUAUGUAAGCUACAGGCAAAAGGAAAAGGAUUCAUUGUUGGAGCUAUAAAAAGCCUAUAAAGUGCAAUCAUUGAAGGAGGGUUCGGACCCCUUGCUGUGCCAUGUGUUACUUUAUUGAAGUGGAAAAUCGUUCGCGUUAUUAUCGCAGUCAGUGAAAAGCUCAUUAAAGAAGAAUAUUGGUGUGAAACAGAGGGAAGGAAAAUUACUGCAAGCUGUUGCUGGUGCCAUAAGAAGGUGAAUUUAAUCCAAACAACAGUCCAAAGUGUCCGAAGGUUAAAGCCUACGAUUGAGGAUUAAGGGUCGCAUUGCCGUACUCGGGCGAAAGGGAGAAAAAAAGCAACAUGACGGUUAAACCAAUUACCAGCAUCAGCCGGAAGGAUUAACGCUCGCGGCGCAAGUUUGGGAUAGUGGUGUCCUGGCUUCAUCCCCUCAUCUACUCCCAUUCACCAGUCUGGCAGGCGCUCCAUGCGGAAUGGAGCGAUUUUUCAUGUGAUUUCGUAACAGAACAUGGAUCUCCGGCACAUCUAGGAACUAUGAAGCAUAUAGUGGUUGUGAUGAUUUUCUUCAACGUUAAUAAUGGCAUUUCCUCUCACUCACAGUCGGUCGAUAUCGACGAACCGCACACGUACACACCACCGAAGCACUACUUUCAGACGUCGUCGUUCGAUGAGACGGAUCUGGACGGCGAUGACAUCGGCGUGAAAAACCCCCUGGACCGGGGGCCGUAUUUCGACAUCUCGGCCUCGAGGAAUGUAACGGCCCUCGUGGGCAACACUGCCUAUCUGAACUGCCGGGUACGCAAUCUCGGCAACCGAACGGUAUCCUGGAUCCGGCAUCGGGAUCUGCAUGUGCUAACGGUUGGCAAAGCCACCUACACCUCGGACCAGAGGUACCAGAGUGUAUAUAAUCCCGCGUUGGACGAUUGGUCCCUCAAGGUGCUGUACCCGCAACCACGAGAUUCCGGAGUGUACGAGUGUCAGAUAUCCACAACGCCCCCGGUGGGAUACUCCAUGACACUGUCCGUCGUCGAACCCAUCACAACGAUAGUCGGUGGUCCGGAUCUGUACAUCGACACCGGUUCGACGGUGAACCUGACCUGCAUCGUGCGACAUCUGCCGGAACCGCCACCGCUGAUUUUGUGGACGCACAAUGGCGAGGAAAUCAACUACGAUUCACCACGUGGCGGCGUCUCGGUGAUAACGGAGAAGGGUGACAUCACGACCUCGUAUCUGCUGAUACAGCGGGCGAAAACCUCCGAUUCGGGCAAAUAUACGUGCUCACCGUCGACGGCCAAUCCGAUCACGGUGAACGUGCACGUGCUCAAUGGCGAACAACCGGCAGCGAUCCAGAGCGGUCCCGCGCUGCAGAGCAGUCUGGUCCUGUCGGGGUGCUGCUGUCUGGUGCUGCUACUGCUGUCCAUGACGAUGACCACCAGCAGCAGCAGCAGCAGCAGCGGCGGUGGCGGCCUACGGUGGUCGGCUGUCAGAUAAAACUGGCCAUAAAUCAGCACUUGACUCGACUCGACUGGACCCGAUCCCGAGAAGUAGUUAUGGAGUAGCAGUAGUAGCUGUAGUAGUAGUAGGUACCGUUGCGGCUGCGGCGAGAUUUGCUUGCGGGUCAGACGACGACAUCUCGUGGCAACAUAGUGGCGCGUCGGGUGGUGGUGGUGGGAUAGGAUGUACAUAGAAUUUAAACCGGCCAACCGUCCUCGUCGUCUGGAGUUUGAAAUCGGUGAGGAAUGAAAAAAAAAAAACACAUCAAAAGUAGAAGCAAGAACUACCCGAACAAUGCGCGCAUCGCUGGAGUUUUGCUAGAUGGGGUUUUUUUUUCCACCAGCGGGUCUUGAUGAGUUGCUAGUGGCAAAUUAUUUGUUAUCAAGUGUGGUUCUGUACAUGAGGAAUUGUGAUGGAUUAUUUUGUAAUUUGAGAGGAUGAAACAUUAUAAUGGUUCUGUGAACUCUUUGAAAGAAGUUGAGGCAAUUGGUAAAGCAAUGGAUUUUAUCCAAAUUUGCUACACUGUUCUGUGAAUGCUGAAAAUGAGGAUGAUGUGAAUCAAAUUCCAUAGCAAUCAAGAGCAGUCCCAAUUCAGUUGCGUAAAUUGAAUCAUUAUUUCUUUCCAGGAAAAUUUUCUAUCAACCCAUAAAUUAACACAGCAGUAAAGGGGUCAUUCAAUAAUUACGUAAGUACUUUGUGUGGGGAGGAGUUUCAGAAAAAUCUUAUGUAAUCAUGAACAA